AUGGAGGCAGAGGCACCAGCUGAGCAGCCGCAGGCAACGCAGCCAAGCUUGCCGCGGAAAAAGAUGACGAAACAGUUAACAGGAAAGCGCGAUGAUACGCCUUUGCAUUCUGCGGCAAGAUCAGGAAAUAUGGGGGUGGUGAUGGAUAUCCUUGAAAAUACAGAAGAGGCUGAAUUGAAGGAGUUAUUGGCAAAGCAAAAUUCAUCUGAUGAAACAGCCCUCUAUGUUGCUGCAGAAUAUGGUUAUGUUGAUUUGGUCAGGGAGAUGAUCAAAUACUAUGAUCUUGCUGAUGCUGGAAUCAAAGCAAGAAAUGGGUUUGAUGCAUUCCACAUUGCUGCCAAACAAGGGGAUAUGGAUGUAUUGAAUGUGCUUAUGGAGGCUCAUCCAGAAUUGACUAUGACUGUGGAUCUAUCAAACACCACAGCUUUGCACACGGCUGCCACCCAAGGGCAUACAGAGGUGGUGAACUUUCUAUUGGAAGCAGGAAGCAGCCUGGCAACCAUUGCUAGAAGCAAUGGCAAAACCGCGCUGCAUUCUGCAGCAAGAAAUGGUCAUUUGGUGGUUGUGAAAGCGCUUCUGGAAAAGGAGCCUGGUAUUGCAACACGUGUCGAUAAGAAGGGGCAGACGGCACUUCACAUGGCAGCAAAGGGGCAGAAUCUUGAGAUGAUGGAGGAGUUGAUUAAGGCAGAUCCUUCGUUGAUAAACAUGGCUGAUAAUAAAGACAACACGGCAUUGCAUAUAGCUACUCGAAAGGGUAGAGCUGAGAUUGUUAAGUUGCUACUUGAACACAGUGAAACAGACACGAAAGCUGUUAACAAGUCUGCAGAAACUGCCCUUGACACUGCCGAGAAAACUGGGAAUUCGGACAUUAAAGCUUUUCUCCAAGAGCGCGGUGUCCAGAGUGCUAAAGAAAUCAAACCACAGGCUACAAACCCAGCUCGAGAGCUGAAACAAACUGUGAGUGACAUAAAGCACGAAGUCCAUCACCAGCUAGAACACACUCGCCAAACCAGAAGACGCGUACAGGGCAUUGCGAAACGUCUUCACAAAAUGCACACAGAAGGCCUUAACAAUGCAAUAAACUCCAACACCGUUGUUGCUGUCCUCAUUGCCACGGUUACCUUUGCAGCCAUUUACCAAAUCCCUGGCCAAUAUGUGGAUGACCCGAAAGACAUUCCUCAUGGGCAGUCGCUUGGGGAAGCCAACAUUGCUCCCAAACUGGCCUUUAUGAUCUUCUUCAUCUUUGAUUCCAUUGCCCUUUUCAUUUCCCUGGCUGUUGUGGUGGUGCAAACUUCAGUGGUGGUGAUUGAGAGCAAGGCCAAGAAGCAGAUGAUGGCAAUCAUUAACAAGCUCAUGUGGUUGGCAUGUGUUCUGGUUUCUGUGGCAUUUUUGGCACUCUCUUUUGUAGUGGUGGGUGGCCAGAAGUGGCUAGCAAUUGGAGUUACAAUUAUAGGAACAGUUAUCAUGGCUGCAACUUUGGGCACUAUGUGUUUCUGGGUAGUUAGGCACCGAAUUGAGGCGAAAAACAUGAGGAGCAUUAGGAGAUCAUCGCUGGGCAGCAGAUCGAGGUCGUUGUCGUUGUCUGCAGUGAUUUCUGAAUCUGAGCUCCUCAACAAUGACUACAAGAAGAUGUAUGCAAUUUGA